AAACUGUCUUAGCUGUCACAAAUACUUCCUUCUGUGAUUUACUCAUUAAGCUGCUCUAGUUCCAUUAGAACAAAAAUUUAUUAUUACAUCGAAAUAAAUAAAAUUUAAAAUGUCCUCACCGUUGGAAAACUUGGAAACUCAACUGGAAAUGUUUAUUGAAAACGUCCGCCAAAUACGUAUCAUUGUCAGCGACUUUCAACCGCAGGGCCAGAGCGUCUUAAACCAAAAGAUUCAAUCGCUCGUAACUGGCCUGCAAGAAGUCGACAAGCUGAAAUCUCAAGUUCAAGACAUCCAUGUUCCUACAGAAGUAUUUGACUACAUAGACCAGGGCCGCAACCCACAGCUCUACACUAAAGACUGCAUUGACAAAGCCCUAGCCAAGAAUGAGGAAGUGAAAGGGAAGAUUGACUCCUACAAGCGCUUCAAGAGUCAUCUCCUCGGUGAACUCGGAAAGACCUUCCCUAAUGAAAUUGCUAAAUAUAAAGCUAUUAGGGGUGGUGAAUAAGUUUCAGAUCUUUUGGAAUUUACCUUUAUAUGUGUAGUUUACAACCAAAAAGUACUUAGUUGGUUGGCAAUAAGGCAUUCUUGGCAGGAAAAAUGAAAAAUUAACAGAGAAAUUGAGUAUUCUUAUUGACAACUGAAUAAGUAUUCUUAUUAGAUGUAACUUAAGUUAACUAGCACUGAUAGAAUGAUCAUGUUUAUGGCUAAAAUGCAUCUUGGUACCUAUUGUCUCUUUCUAGAUAGAGAGAGAUGAUAGCUUCAUAUUGAUUAACACAUUCACUGCCAAGAACACAUAAUGUGUGUUCAUUUUAUACUAGAAACGGGGCACCCGGCACCAAAAGUGUUAAUUUUGGCCAUAAACAUAGUUGUUCUACCACUGUUGGAGUUAACAUAGAAACUAAGUAAUGUAGGUUAGUAAGGGAGUAAUAGGGUAUUAUCUCAUUAUAUUUAUUGUAUGUAACAUUUGAAGCCUUUGGAACUGACAAAAUGUUAAUUCUUAGGAUAAAUUGUAACACAGUUUUCAAUUUCCAAAACAAAAAUUAUUUCAACCUUUGUUAUGCUGGAAUCCAAGCUUUUUUGUUCUAUGUGUUUCAUGUCUUUUCAUUUAAGUCUGUUAAACUUUCACCAGUAGGCCAAUAUCUUAGAUUCCAAACAUAACUAUUCCAUACAGGAUUGCGUUUUAUACAGACUUGGGAGAAUCAACUUUUUAGCGUCACUCGUUGCCAUGGUUACGAUUAGUUGUCCAGGGGACAAAAGUUCAUUGAAAUACUGAUUUUAUGGUACUUAAAUGUAUUAAACUUGCGUUUUUGUGGUUGUUAUAACCAAUGUCCAUAAUGGGCCCCCUACUAAGAAUGUUAAUAGAACAGCAUACAACGUCUCUUCAAACAAACUGCCACUGUUGUCCCUUGGACAACGGGACAGGAUAACAAAACAAAAAAAGUUGAUUCACCCACUUAUAAUCUGUAUUCUUUGUAUGUGUAUCUUUCAAACAAAUAUGGUUCUUAAAAAGAGGCACAGACAAACUAUAGAGGCCCUACCACCAACCAUGUUCGACGUGUUGCCUCUCUGUGGCACUUGUAAAUACGUACAUAAGUGUGACAGGGAGGCAACACAUCAAACAUGGUUCACGGUAGGUCCUCAGGCCUUUUGAUACUCACUCAACCCAGCAAUUAUGUCAGUGUUGAAACCCAAAUGUACCAUUGGCUUGUUAUUUUUAAGGCUAGUUUAUUAUAGUAUUUACUCUAAUACAAGCAUAAAGUAUCCAACAAGUUAAGACUAUUCAUUAAAAUUUAAACCCAUUA